GUACGAAAAAAUUAUCACUUAAUCGUGAUUAAAUGACCAUUUUUUUCUGAAUCGCGAUUGAACGUUGACUUUUUCAACCAUCGCGAUUAAUCGACAAAAAUGAAGCGAUUUUCAGCACAUGGGAAUCCUUAUUUUAGGUUUGGCAUGUUAACAGUUGGUUUAACACUUUUAUUAUUGAUCCAAAAUCGUUUAACGUUUGGAGCGACAACAAUUGAAACGAAAAAUAUUGGGAUGCGUAAGUUCGUUAGGAAAAAUUGUUGAGAAAAAUAGAUGUCGCUACGUUGUUGAUUGUCGGCAUAGAAAAUGUUGCCACAUAU